AGCUGCUGAGCUGAUUCCUGACAACAUGAAGGCUCUCCUCACUCUGGGGUUACUCUUGCUGUCUGUGACUGUCCAGGCCAUGGUCUAUGAACGCUGUGAGUUUGCCAGAACUCUGAAAAUUCAUGGAAUGGAUGGCUACCUGGGAAUCAGACUGGCAAACUGGGUAUGUUUGGCUCAACAUGAGAGUGGCUUUAACACACAAGCCACAAACUACAACCCUGGUUCGAGAAGCAACGACUAUGGGAUAUUUCAGAUCAACAGCAAAUACUGGUGUAAUGAUGGCAAAACACCGAGAGCAGUGAAUGCCUGUGGGAUACCCUGCAGCGCUUUGCUCCAGGAUGACAUCACUCAAGCCAUACAAUGUGCAAAGAGGGUUGUGAGGGAUCCACAAGGCAUUAGAGCAUGGGUGGCAUGGAGAGCCCACUGUCAAAACCAAGAUCUCACCCAGUAUGUUAAGAACUGCGGAGUCUAAUGCUAUGCAUUUCCAUUUCAGCUUGUUCUGUCUCUUUCUCCCUAUAAAAGUAGAAAUGGGAAAAGUCACACUUCCUUGGAUUCCCCUUCAUUCAAGCAGGAUUUAAACAGAAUCAGAGGCAAAAUGUUUCCUAAGAGGCUUCAUGCUGACUAAUGGCUUCAUUGUUCUAAACAAAGCCAUCAUUUUUUGGUUACCCAAGGCAGCAGAUGCUGGUGACAGUGGUCCAGCACUUUGACCGUCACACACAUCUCUAUCCAUCAGUUCUUCACCUAUGAUGUAAUUCACAUUCAGUUUCAUCUGAAUUAAUCUCCAUCUCUCCCUGGUUGGAUAGGCAUACAACAGAUAUUUACAGAAGGAUGUAGAUCAUGGGUAAAAUGGCAGCUGUGUGAGAUCCCAGGCCUUGUGUGUGAGCUCAGCUCCCAGGCUGUUACAACAGCCACUGUGUAGGGUGAUUUGUGUUUGUAAGGAAACAGAAUUCUGAGUGGAUAGAACUGAGACCCCUCAGCUCAGAAACUUGUCAUGAAUAUGUGACCUUCAUAAACUAUGUUCUUAAGAGUUGUCCCAAUUAUACUGCUUAAAAGUAAAUUUUCAGUUCAUGUCAAAGUCUGCUUUAACCCUUGAUAGAAUGUUCCCAUGCCUCUUUCAGACCAUGAGAUGGUCAUGACAGAUUAAUGACUGUGUUAGCUCUUAACUUUCUUAUAGUAGCUUCAUGCAUAGGAACCGACUCUGAGACAGAGAAGCUCGAUUCAGCAACACUAAGUGCAUUGUGGAAAACUACAAAAAGACAUUAAAUGAUUUUCAUUUCA